CAGCGACAUGGGGUGAUCAUACGUUCAAGGACAUAAGACAUCACACUGGUUUCCUCCUCUGACCCCUAAGGCCAUUGGGCCGGUGGUUGAGUGGCUCCAUCUUAUUUGGCGCUUGAGUACUGUGACGCUAAUCUCUUAAGAGGCUCAGGAUACUUGUGAGCUCGGGGAGGGGAUGGAGAAGCAAGUGAGGAAAUGAGGUUGUAGUGUGGAGCUGUCAUGGAAAAUAUUAAGAUGUAAUAAUAGUACUCUAGUCUAACGAGACAGACCUCCAGCAGAGAGCCAAUAUAGGUUAUUGAGGACAGGAUGUGUCUGUUUGGAGGAGAUUGGUGAAAGGCAAUGCCUAAAUGUCUGAUGCAGCAGAAGGUGGGAUUUUGUGAAGGCUGAGGUAAAACCUGUGGAUUAUGAGCUUUGAAGAGACGUCUUCAAACCUAAUGUGAAGCUAAUUGAAAAGAAUAGAAUUGCUCAUGAAAUAGACAAGCUAAUGGUAUCUCAUAAAAGUAAGUUUAUUGUGUUUUUCAUCUCUUUAGCUCAGCCAUGACGUUAUUUCUAGUCGAGACAAGCUGCAGCCUUAUUGGCUGGCUUUUUCUGUACAUUCUGCUGUGUCACGUGAACAGAAAGCAAAAUGCAGAGUGGAACUGCAGACUCAUCACCCUGCUCCAUGGGGUCCUCAUAGUUUUGCUAACUGCUUACAUCGGGUUUGUUGAUGGUCCGUGGCCAUUCACGCAUGCAGGCUCAGAAAACACAGAACUCCAGAUCCUAGCCCUGCUCCUCAGUCUGGGCUACUUCCUCUUUGACAUGGCCUGGUGUGUGUACUUCCAAACAGAGGGUCCUGUUAUGCUGGCCCAUCACACCCUAAGCAUCCUGGGCAUUGUGUGUGCUCUGGGAAUGGGUGAAUCAGGCAUCGAGGCGUGUGCGGUGCUCUUCGGCAGUGAAAUCACCAAUCCACUCCUGCAGGCCCGCUGGUUCCUCAAGCAGAUGGGCCGCUACGACAGCCUGAGCGGUGACCUUGUCGACCUCCUUUUCAUCACACUCUUCGCCAGUGUGCGGAUCGGUGUCGGCGGCCGCAUGCUGUACUGUGAGCUGGUAUCACCAAAACCCAAACUGGUCAUGAAGGUGGGUGGGGUGGCCAUCUACGCCCUCUCCUGCGUCUUCAUGGUGGACAUUGCCUGCUUUGCUUGUCGGAAGACCCGCACCAAGUAUAGACGAUGGCAGGAACAGCAGAAGCUUAAUAAUGCUAAUGGACAUAUUGGGUGAAAUGAGCUAAAGCAGGUGGACAAUGGAGGGAACAUUUUUACUUUGUUUAUGACAUGAAAUAAAGGCUGUUUAUAACAAUGUGCGACAACUUUCACUGUAGCAUCACAGGACCUGACUACUCCAUCCAGAAUGCUUACUUACAUGUAUAACUAUAUUAAUUAAGAACAGAAGUACAUAAACUUGAUAGCUCUAGAAGUAAAUUCUUUUGAGAACACAUGCAUUUUUCAACAAAUGAUGAUUUAGCCUAAUGUUGUGGUGAAGCUAUAUUUGUGUUUUACAUAUUGUGAAAUAAACCAUGUUUUCAAAUAAAAUUAAGUGUUGGGGAAAAGAAGAAAAAAAGAAAAAAAAAAGAGAAAAACCUUAAAAGCUUAAC